UCAGAGACUACAGAAAAGAAGGUAAAGAUCCAAUUGUCAAGGUUCUUUUCUGUCCCCCGUCACCUGUUACAACCAAGUCUCCAUUAACCACAGCAGCUCUAACAACUGAUGCUACACCUGGACCACCAGAACUCCUGGAGAAGCUGUCCUAUUCUUAUAUAAAAGAUGGGAUCAUCGGUGUUUUGUCCACAGCACUACUUGUUGUCACAGUGACGUUCUGUUGUCAUCGAAGGAAAAGUUCACCACCAAAAAGGAAGGCUGAAUACUCAAUCAGUUACAGGUCAUCCGAAUUUUCUUCGUUGGAAACUGAAUCACAAACCAUAUAUGAUUAUCCUCUGUCACUGGCCACGGAAGCUGUUGAUUAUUUGAGAAGCACAACGUCAUCAGGGUAUGCCAUACCGAGGCUAACCAUGACAGAUGACUGCAGUGAACCUCCAAUUUAUGGCAAUGUGAUUAUGGAAUCUGAAAACGAAAAUAUGGACGUUGAAUGCGAAUAUAUGAAUAUUUCCACGGCACAUCAACCCGAUGUCGGAAAGAGAGCCCAAUCAAGAGAGAAAUCUUUACAUCUUGACAAUUCCAUUUCACGGGCUGCGGUGCUCUCGUCCAAACGAAGUGCUCAAAAGCGAGCUAAUCGUUCAAAAAAUAAAAGGAACAAAAGCAAAAGAGUAGAAGAAAGUAAUUAUUUAAAUAUAACACCUAAGCUGCACUCCUACAUCGAGGUGGUGGAUGAUCCGACCGAUACUUUGUUUAGUAAUAGCUCCACUAGUAUGACGUCAUCAGGAUAUUCCAAACCAGUGGAAAACAAAGCCAAACUCCGGAGACAAUUGCAAUACUCCAGUAAGAAAAACACAACAGGAAGAGGUGUUACUGUGAAUUCUUAAUUGUGAUUUUAUUGAGCAAAUUUAUUUCUUCUUUAUCAAUAACUCAAAAAUAUAUGUAUAGAGAAAACAGUUAACUUUUUUUUUAUCAUAUUUAUGUGAAUGACAAUGUAGAACCCUUGCCUGUGAUCUUCAUUAUAAUCACUAUAGUUAUGAUGUUGAUUUUUAAAAUUUGGGAGACAAAAAUAAAAGAAGAUGGGGGACAAGGCGGGCAGAAUGCCUAUAGCGUCAGAUAUUAAGAAAUCAUAUUCAAUAUGUGAAUUGAAUUUUUAUAUUAACUUCUCAUUAUGGAAAUUUGUGAA